GUUUUUAAAAUUCCAAAACCUUAUACGUUAAGAGGAAUCAAAAUGCGUGUCUUUUAUAACGUAAAAGCAUUCGUAAAACCAUUCCUUAAAACAAUUACAAAUGUCUCAGGUUAAUACAUGUGCCUUUAUGCUUAACUCUUAAUUCUCGGACUAACCAAUCAAUCGGGAUUGUUACGCAUAAAAUUUAAAAGCUUUUUUUUUUUUAUCAUAAACAAUAGGCCAACCAAAUGGCUUGUUGUUUACCUAACUAAAUUCUCAUUUGGAGACAAGGCAAAGACGAGGUAAAAUGUGCAAGUUUAUGUUUUCGUAGUUAAGUGUAGUAAUGAUUACUCAAAUCCACCGAUGCAAUCCUUAAUCUACACAAAAUUCAGCUUCAAUGAACCAACAUUAUCCCUAUAUAAUCAAACCUUCGGUGAUCAAUCAUACAAUUAACUCUCAUACCUCAAAAAUAACAAACCCAUUUCCUCGACGGUCCAAUGGGGGACACUACUAAGGACGAUGGCUCUAGCCAAAGCAAAGCGGUACGUAGGGGAAAAAGAGCGUUCUUUUUCAGGAAAUGGACCCGGAUCGAUGUAAUGAGAGCUUCGGCUGUUGGGUCUGUGCAUCUAUUGUGUCUAUUGGCACCGUUUAACUUCAAAUGGGAAGCUUUUCGGUUUGGUGUGAUUCUCGCUAUAGUGACUAGUCUCAGCAUUACAUUUUCAUACCAUAGGAACUUGACUCACCGGAGCUUUAAGCUCCCUAAAUGGCUUGAAUAUCUAUUCGCUUACACUGCCCUUUUCGCGCUUCAGGGUCAUCCGAUAGAUUGGGUGAGCACGCAUAGGUUCCAUCACCAGUUCACAGAUUCAGACCGUGACCCACAUAGUCCUAUAGAAGGAUUUUGGUUCAGUCACGUCUUGUGGAUAUUCGACACCAGUUAUAUCAGAGAAAAGUGUGGAGGACGUGACAACGUGAUGGACUUGAAGAAACAAUGGUUCUAUAGGUUUCUUCGAAACACAAUUGGCCUCCACAUCUUAUCAUUUUGGACUCUCGUCUAUUUAUGGGGUGGUCUACCUUACCUAACUUGCGGCGUGGGUGUGGGAGGAGCAAUCGGUUACAACGGGACUUGGCUCAUAAACUCAGCAUGCCAUAUUUGGGGCACGCAAGCAUGGAAUACCAAGGACACUUCUCGUAACGUUUGGUGGCUAGGGCCAUUCACGAUGGGAGAGAGCUGGCACAACAACCACCAUGCCUUUGAGGCGUCGGCUAGACACGGACUGGAAUGGUAUCAGGUAGACUUAACUUGGUACCUCAUUUGGUUCUUCCAGGCUCUCGGUUUAGCCACCGAUGUCAAAUUGCCUACCGAUGCUCAGAAACGCAAGAUGGCUUUCGCUCGUUAGUCUCAGCUCUAAGUCUAUGAAUCUCUCUAUUUCGUGAAUUAUAUGUGUACUCCUCACCCGCUCAUUUGUUAUUUGAUGUAAAACUAUUAAGAAUAAAAUAUGUUCUCAUGAACUUGUAAACUAGUCGUGAUCCAACACCUUUUAAGUACAUUUCACGUUGUAUGAACAAAAACCGAUAUGAUACAUUAUCUUGACACA